AUGGUAUGGGGUGAAACUGUAGUGAACAUGCGGAAGGUGACUCACCAGGUAGUGCAGGUACCUCUGUCAGGCACAGCUGUGCUGCCUUGCAUCUUUACUCUACGGCCCAGCCCAGCCCAUGAAACUCAUGAUGCUCCUCGUAUUAAGUGGACCAAAAUCUGGGGCCACCAUGGGCUUGACGGGAUACAGAGGGAGCAGUCUGUAUUGGUGGCAAAAGGCAAUGUGGUGAAGGUGAAAAAAGCCUUCCAGGGACGCGUCACCCUGCCCAACUACACGGAGAACCGCUACAAUGCCAGCCUAGCACUGACAGGUCUGAGAUCCAGCGACUCGGGCAUGUACCGCUGUGAGGUAGUGGUGGGCCUUAACGACGAACAAGACACAGUGCCUCUCCAGGUCACAGGUGCAGUCUUCCACUAUCGAGCUCCUCAUGACCGCUAUGCCUUGUCAUUCCCUGAUGCUAAGCAGGCAUGUGUGGAAAACUCUGCAGUGAUCUCCACACCUGGGCAGCUGCAGGCUACUUUUGAUGAUGGAUAUGACAACUGCGAUGCCGGCUGGCUCUCUGACCAGACUGUAAGGUAUCCCAUCCAGUCUCCACGGCCUGGCUGCUAUGGUGACCGGGAAGACACUCCUGGUGUGAGAAACUAUGGUAAUCGUGCCACUGAUGAGCUGUUUGAUGUGUACUGCUUUGCUGAGAGUCUGAAAGGUGAAGUGUUCCAUGCUAGUGUGCCAGAUAAGUUGAGUCUGGCCACAGCUUCCACUCACUGUCACGCAUUGGGUGCUCAGCUGGCCACAGUGGGUCAACUUUAUCUGGCCUGGCAGGCUGGACUGGACCGCUGUGACCCAGGCUGGCUGGCUGACGGUAGUGUGCGCUACCCCAUCAAUCAACCACGGCGCAACUGUGGAGGAGAUGAGCCAGGGGUACGCACUCUCUACCAUAACCCCAACCGCACUGGCUUUCCUGACACUGCCAGCCUCUUCGAUGCUUACUGCUACAGAGAGAGACAGCCAGAAGCAAAGGCACUUGUUCAGACUUCACAGACUGCGAGCUCAAACACCACAGAUGACUUAGAACAUCUCCAACAGAAUGGAGCCUUUCCUCACCCUUCCACCUGGACUGGACUGGUGGACCUUGUUAAGGAAGAGUUCAUUUCCAUUGCAGACAACGAGUCCUCUGAGAUAUCAGGAGAGCAUGUGGUAAUCCAUCUCAGGCCGAGAGAGAAUCCAGUGAGCCAGGAAAUACUUAUGUCUGAAGAUCAAUCUCCUUCUGUUCUGGAGGUCCAUGGGGGUUCAGCAAGAGAGGAACCUGAUGAAAGAAAAGUGACCGAGGACCACAGAUUAUCCCUUGAACCCUCAUUGACCACGCCAUCCUCAUUCACACAGGCUCAAACCAGCAACAGCAUGCUUUUUAACUUUGUUGAGUCCAUCAUGAAGCCCUGGAAAUACUGGAAAGGCAGUGCAGAGACAGAGGCACCUUCAGCAGUGUCAGGUCUAUGGAUGGAGACAUCAGAGGAAGUCCAGGCAGCCAGGGUGAAGUCAGGGGGUGGGCUUAGAGGGACUAAAGGAAGUAUUGAUAAUGCUAUCUUGGACCCUGAGAGUAUGGAGCCUUCAACUAACCCCUCCACACCAUAUUCAGAGGAACGACUUUUAGAGCAAGAGAAAGAAAUGGUUCUGCCAGUACCAGUAAAUGAGCUGAAGAAUCCCAGCAAAUUCCAAACAGAACCUUCACUUACACAACCAACAGCGUCCGAAGGACUAAUUGCAUCAGGACGGAAGGAGGUGAUGAAUCCCACAGCUGCAAUGAGUCCCUUGGGUUCCAGGAGCAGUUUUGGCUCCAUGCCAGUGCUGGGCAGCCAACAGGAAGGGGCGCUUCAGUCUCUAAGAGGAUACGCUACCCCAAGCAGUAAUGGGAUCCUUACAACCCAGACCAAUGGACCUGUGGAGACCAAACGAGAGGCAGUAGAGCUCAUGACUAUUCCGGUCAUUGGGGAGAACCAUGAGAACUAUUCUGGAGAAGGCAAGGAUCAUAUUGAAGAGAGUUACACACUGCCAAAGGUGUCUACAUCACAAACCUCUCCACAAAGAGGGAGUUCAGAAGAGGAGAAUGAUACUGAUGGGAGUGGAGGAAAUGAUUUAUUUAUCAGCAGCACUCAGAUAAAACAGGCUACUCUGGAAGCCUCUGAAGAACAGAAUGUUUUCAUCCAAACAACAGUGCAAUGGGAGCUCCUAGAUCUACCAACUGGACAACCCUCUCACACUGCCAGUGUCUCCAAAGACACCACGGUUCCUAAGGAGGCCAGGGGGGAGAUCCUCUACAUGCAUCAUCCUACAGAAGAAUCUAGGAACACUCAUUUUAAAAGGAUCAAAGUGCCUUUACUCAAGAAGAAGCUGAGCACACACACACCCAAUGCGUCUGAAAUCCUGACUCCUUAUGUGGCCACAACUUCAGAACUCACCCCAGAAGCUUCAAGUGCUACUGACCAAAUGCCAAGCACCAACACCGUGACAACACUGAACAGUCAGAUUCAAACUACAGAUGCAACCACUGCUGAAGAUACUGUGUCUGUUAUAGAUCCUGAAGUAUUAGUUACUUGGUUACCAAUGGUUCAAGAAGAAACUCAAGAACCACAGACAUAUGUGUCUACCACAGUGACGAGUGUAAAACUUGAGACUACGAGCAACACAGUUCAACUGACCACACCAUAUGUGAAGGAAACAUCCAGGCAGGCAGAGACUGAACCAGAGACCCAACCAGCUCCUACCACUGGGAGCACAAGUGGAGAUAACACAAGCAACGCUGCAGUCGACUAUGAAAACAACUCUUUAGCUUCAUCAGGUGCUGCGUCUCGCACGUUGGAGCUUUCUGUCAAUCCCAUUGAUGUGACCGCGAGCUAUGUGAACAUUCACAAAGCAGAGGAAGAGCCUUGCCAGAUGAACCCUUGUCUGCAUGGGGGAAGCUGCUUGCGGGAAGGCGAAGGGUACAGCUGCCUCUGCCCUCUGGGAUACUAUGGAGAGAGCUGCGAGAUUGAUAUUGAUGAAUGUCAGUCAAAUCCAUGUCAGAAUGGAGGCACCUGCAUUGACGAGAUCAACUCUUUUGUAUGCUUGUGUUUACCCAGCUAUGGAGGAGCCACAUGUGAAAAAGACACUGAGGGUUGUGAUCAUAACUGGAGGAAGUUCCACGGUCAUUGUUACAGAUACUUUAUUCACCGACUCAACUGGGAAGAUGCGGAGAAAGAUUGUAGAGAGCACAAUGGCCACCUGGCUAGCAUUCACACCAGAGAAGAGCAGGACUUCAUCAACAGUAUGAGCCAUGAGAACACUUGGAUCGGUCUUAAUGACAGAACAGUGGAGGAGGAUUUCCAUUGGACUGAUAACAUGGAUCUGCAAUAUGAGAACUGGAGGGAGAACCAGCCUGAUAAUUUCUUUGCGGGAGGAGAGGACUGUGUGGUGAUGAUCGCCCAUGAGAAUGGCAAAUGGAACGACGUGCCCUGCAACUAUAAGCUGCCCUAUAUCUGCAAGAAAGGCACAGUGUUGUGUGGCCCCCCUCCCCUAGUGGACAAUGCUGUCCUGAUUGGCCGCAAGCGUUCACACUAUGAUAUCCACUCAGUUGUACGUUAUCAGUGUGCAAAUGGGUUCCUUCAGCGCCAUAUUCCCACCACCAAGUGCCGCGCCAGUGGUAAAUGGGACCAUCCCAAAAUCCUCUGCACAAAGUCUCGGAGAUCCCAUCGCUACCGGCGCCAUCAUCACAAAUCUCAUCAUGAGCGCAGAAAGCACAAGAAGCAUGGCUCAGGUGGUCAUCGGGGUAGACAGGAGGAUCAUGGCCAUUUCUAA